CUCUCGGGAUAAGAAAGUUAAAAAAAAAAAGAUGUUUCUUUGGCUAGUAAUUGUCUUAAUGGUUUCUGGUUCAGUCUCUUCAAAUGAAUACAAACUCCAUUGGGUUAUUCCUCCUGCAAAUGUUUCAACAAGUCUUAACGAUUGGGCUUCCGGUCAACGGUUCCAAGUUGGAGACACCAUUCGAUUCAAGUACAAGAAAGAUUCGGUGAUGCAAGUGACAAAGGAGGGUUAUAUGCAAUGCAAUUCGUCGCACCCAAGAUUCUACUCGAAUACGGGCAAGACCCGGUUCAUGUUUGAUCACUCAGUUCCUUACUAUUUCAUAAGUGGAACGUCUGGUCACUGUGAAAAAGGUCAGAAGAUGAUCGUCGAGGUCAUGACCCACGACCGUACCACCACAUCCGUAGCUCCUACGCCUGCAAUUGCCGUUUGGUUGUGUUUCUUCAGCUUCACGUUAUCUCUUGUAGCUUAGUGUCAGUGUUAGAUUUAGGUUCAAAUUAGCUUGUUUAUGUUUGCUGCUUCUAUGGUAAUUUCGUAUUCUUUUUUAAAAAAAAAUUAGAGCUCAUAUAUUUGC